GAACUAUAAAUGAAAAUACUGUUGUGAAUGUAGAGAUAUAUUAUACAUGCGAGGGGAUUGGAAGUGUGGAACUAAUGGAAGGGAGGGGGCCUGCCUCGUGAUUCCAAUUUUUGUUCUUUUAUGCCCCUUUGAGAUCCUCAUUUACUACUCAAGGAAAAAGACUUCCCUUUUUCUUCUUGUGCAGAGAGUCCAUCUCUCGCUCUGAAUCUCAUUUACUUCACCAUAAAUAAAAAAAAGCCCGGUAAUUUUUACGCACACAUAUAAACACCCCCCCACCCUCUCUCUCUCGUUUAUCUUUUUUUUGUUCUUUGAAUUGCUUCGCACCCACAAACCAGGGUGAACGGAGCAGGCAGAGAGGACGGUUGUUUGUUUCUGUGUCACAUAUUGAAGCGCAAUGUCGGCUAACAUGGACAAGGAUCCUCGCAUUGACGGCAUUAAAAAGAAGAUUCGUGUUGUUCCCAAUUUUCCUAAGCCAGGUAUUAUGUUUCAAGACAUUACGACUCUGUUGCUGGAUCCCAAAGCAUUCAGGGACACCAUUGAUUUGUUCGUUGAGAGAUACAAAGGCAAGAACAUCUCCGUGGUUGCAGGAAUAGAGGCUCGAGGCUUUAUCUUUGGGCCUCCAAUUGCUCUGGCAAUUGGAGCAAAGUUUGUACCCCUAAGAAAACCGAAGAAGUUGCCUGGUGAAGUUAUUUUUGAAGAAUAUAUUUUGGAAUAUGGAAGGGAUUGUCUUGAAAUGCAUGUUGGAGCAGUUCAACCCGGUGAAAAUGCUUUGGUGGUCGAUGAUUUGAUUGCUACUGGUGGCACUCUCUGUGCAGCUAUGAAUUUACUGGAACGUGCUGGAGCGAAAGUGGUUGAAUGUGCUUGUGUGAUUGAAUUACCAGAUUUAAAGGGUCGUGAGCGAUUGAAUGGCAAGCCAUUGUAUGUACUUGUGGAAUCGCACUAAUUGAUUAUGCAACGAUGCUGCUAUGACUAAAUGUACAUUAGAGGGGUACUGUUGGCUACAUUUGAUCUGGGUUAUUACAUUGGAUUUUGAUGAUCCUUGGUGGUUGAGACCCUUGUUUCACCUAGUCACACGGACACAUCGAAUUCAUGCAGACUGCUUGUACGGAAUUCUCGAUUAGCUUAUAAAAUCAUCUGUUGUUUGUUUCUUA